CGCUGCUUCGCAUUUCCGCAUGGAGAGAUCUGUUGUUGUGUUGCCUGAUUUCUGCAACUGUUUUGAUUUCAUUAAUACGUUAUCUAAAGAAAUACAAUUAAAAUUUCCCGUGACCGUGAAUGUUAUAUUAGACAGUAACCGCGCAUAUUCUGGUCGGGUUAAUCACUCCAUUAGGCUGGUUUGGUUUACACAGCAUCUGUUGGGAUGAGACGUUAUAUCUAUGCAUAACCAGAUAUCGUGACAUUUUACGCGUAAAAUGGGUUAAAUUAUGCUAAAACUAGCUGUUUUCCAUGUAACGACAACAAAUGAGAUCUAUUGUGGGCCUAUGUUGAGGUAGCCUGCAAUAACUGUACUUUUUCAAUAACUGUUAUUCCCGUGCAGUGGGUGUUAGUAAUAGCAAAGGGAUGUUGUGUUAAGUAGACCUCUCUAUCUGAGAUCAUUAGUGGUGUUGAUAUAGCUCGAUCGCAUCUACCUGGAUCUGCUACACGUCCAGAAGAACGCCUCCAUGGUGCUGCGGCGGCUCGUACGCAAGCGUUGGGUCCUGGGGGUCGUGUUCGGAUUGUCCCUCAUCUACUUUCUCACCAGCACUCUUAAACAGGAGGAGCGAACCAUCCGUGAUCGGACCCUCCUGGAGGCGAGGGACUUGGAUCAUCACAUCCAGUGGAAGGUGAAGUUCAACCUGGGCAACAGCAGCAGGCAGAUCUCACUGUGCAGAAACUCCAUUCAGGGAAAGAGCCUUCUCGCUGAUGAACUGGGUUAUGUAUGUGAGAGGAAGGAUUUGUUGGUGAAUGGAUGUUGUAAUGUCAAUGCUCCCAGCUCAAGUCAGUAUAUCUGUAAAAGCUGUCUGGCCAAUGGCUGCUGUAGUGUCUACGAGUACUGUGUCUCCUGCUGCCUUCAGCCUGAUAAGCAACCUCUUCUGGAGCGAUUUUUAAAUCGAGCUGCUGAAGGGUUCCAGAAUCUCUUCACUGCAGUGGAAGAUCAUUUUGAGUUGUGUCUGGCUAAAUGUCGCACUUCUUCACAGAGUGUUCAACAUGAAAACACGUACAGGAACCCGCAGGCAAAGUUUUGCUAUGGCGAGAGUCCACCAGAACUGCUGCCUAUGUGAUCAUGCCGUCGACUUGUUUACCCGAGAAUGGGAUCAAGAAAAUAAGGGAGAUUUUUUGCCGAAAUGAACAAAAAUCAGGCCGCACAAUCAUGAAGACUUGAAAGAGACAGUAUAAUUUACACUGCAUAAGUACAUAAUACCAGUCUUUACCUCAUCAAUGACAAAUAUUUUGUUGAAGAUUCCGCCCAUUUAUUUUUAUGCUUGUCAUGUUAAAGUAAGGACAUGCAGGCCACCAGGUUUAUUGUGACUGUUUUAUUGUGGGAGGAAUUUCAUGGGUGAUAUUCCAGAGUCAUUGUGUUGAUUCAUGUUCAAAAUUAUUGAAAGCGCUCAUGGACAGAGCCCUCCACCCCCAGGGAUCUUGGAACAUUCAAUGUGAGCUCAGAUCUAUGUGUACAACCAGCAUGUGAACUGCUAUGUUAAUUUAAUAAAGUAAAUGUGAUUUUCAGUGGC